AUGAGGCUAAUUAAGCAGCCGUUGGUUGCUUUAGUCAUAGCUUCAUUAUUAGAGGGAUGGUGGAGCUGUGAUGGUUGUUUGGAGAAUGAGAGAAAUGCUCUUUUGCAACUCAAGGCUUCUUUCAAUUAUCCUAAACGCAUGUCACUCUCUUCUUGGGGAUUACAUACUGAUGACUGUUGUAAAUGGGAAAAUAUUAACUGCAGCUCCACCACUGGACGAGUUUCCAAACUCAGUAUUCGGGGUGAUUAUUGGGCCUUUGAAUGGUGCUUCAAUGCCUCUUUGUUUCUUGCUUUCCAAGAAUUGACGAGUCUUAGCUUACGAAACAGUCGUAUUAUUGAAUGUGUUGAGAAUGAAGGUUUUGAAAGAUUAGAAAGGCUCAGCAAGUUGGAGUUUCUUGAUUUAGAAGGUAACUUGUUCAACAAGGAGAGCAUUGUAUCAUCUAUUGGCCAUCUUUCAUCUUUAAAAUCAUUGAAUUUGGCCUACACUGGAUUGGAAAGUGUAACUGAUAUUCAAGGACUAUUAAGUCUUCAAAAUUUGGAGUUUCUUGAUUUAUCUUCCAACAACUUCAACAAUAGCAUUAUACCAUUUUUAGGCGUCUUUUCAUCUUUAAAAUCAUUAAAUUUAGCAGGCAACAUAUUCAAAAGUGAUAUUCAAGGACUAUCAGGACUUGAAAAUUUGGAGUUUCUUGAUUUGUCAUCUAACAAUUUCGGUGAUAGCAUCAUACCAUUUUUACGCAUCUUUCCAUCUUUAAAAUCAUUAAAUUUAGCCAGCAAUAAAUUGAAAAGUGGUAUUCAAGGACUAUCAGGACUUGAAAAUUUGGAGUUUCUUGAUUUGUCAGUCAACAACUUCAACAAGAGUAUCAUACCACUUCUAAGUGUAUUCUCAUCUUUAAAAUCUUUAACAUUGACCCAAAAAAGAUUGGAAAAUAUAACUGAUUUUCAAGGUUAG